GGAGCGGGCGGGACGGGCCGCUCGGCGGCGCGCGCAUCCAUCUUGGGACGCGGCGGCGGGACUGCGCCGCCCGGACGCGGACGCUCGCACUCCUGCGAGUGAAAGCGCGGACCCGGAGGUCGGGUCGGGGCAGCGGAUCAUCCCUGCCUGAUUCAUACCUGGUGCCAUUUGCCUUUGUUUGCUCUCGUGUCUGAUGUGGCCUCUGGUUCGGGUCACAUGUAAAACGCACCUGUACCUCACGUAGGAAGAAAAAGCAGGGAAAAACUUGAGAGUUGUUCUAAUUCACUUGCAGUAGGACAAAGGAUAUAAGUAAAGAGCAUCCAAUAAAAGGCAUGAAAAAAGCAGUAAAAAAUCUCCUACACCGAAAUGGGGUACACGAAUAUGUGCUUGUAAAGCGGAGCUCAGGUUACUGCACAACGGGAGAGUGUUUUUCUGAUGUCAUUGACUGAAGAUGUACAAGGUCUCUUUUACAGAUUGGAUCUUCAGACUUCUGGAAGGACUUCAUCCCACCUCACGGCCGACGGUUCCUGUCACCCAGUAGAUGCUGUAUCCUGUUUCCUGGUAAUCCUUGACUGCCUACUGAUGUGGGAGUGGAGAGCCAUUAAAGAGCCAAGGAAGCGUCUCUUGUGUACUUAGGCGCCUGGUGAUGCAGAACCCCACCCAGCAGUAGCCAUGCAGACACCCUUCCUGCGCCUGCAUCUCGAGGCUGCGUGUAAACCGGAACGUGGGGAAGCAGGAAGCGAACUGGGCACGUCCGAGAGCUCCAUGUCUGGGUAGCACUGGGUGGUGAUGCUGCCUCUGGCCUUCUCUGCAGUCCGGCCGCAGUGACUCUGCUGAUGUGCACAGUGCCUUCCUUCCAUCUGUGCUUAAAUGGCACAGCCUUGGGUCAGCACAUCUGAAGAGAGAGGUGUGAGAAGCAAAGCCCAUGGCCACGUUCCCCUGCCAGCUAUGCGGCCAGACAUUCCUCACCCUGGAGAAGUUCACUGUCCACAACUAUUCCCACUCCAGGGAGCGGCCGUUCAAGUGCUUGCAGGCUGACUGUGGCAAAGCCUUCAUUUCCAGAUACAAAUUGACGAGGCACAUGGCUACCCACUCUCCCCAGAAAUCUCACCAGUGCGCCCACUGCGAGAAGACGUUCAACAGGAAGGACCACCUGAAGAACCACCUCCAGACUCACGACCCCAACAAGAUGGCCUUCGGGUGCGAGGAGUGCGGGAAGAAGUACAACACCAUGCUGGGCUACAAGCGCCACCUGGCCCUGCACGCGGCCAGCGCCGGGGACCUCACCUGUGGGGUCUGCGCCCUGGAGCUGGCGAGCACCGAGGUGCUGCUGGACCACCUGAAGGCCCACGCGGAGGAGAAGCCGCCUGGCACCGCCAAGGAGAAGAAGCACCAGUGCGACCACUGCGAGCGCUGCUUCUACACCCGGAAGGACGUGCGGCGCCACCUGGUGGUGCACACGGGCUGCAAGGACUUCCUGUGCCAGUUCUGCGCGCAGAGGUUCGGGCGCAAGGACCACCUCACGCGGCACACGAAGAAGACGCACUCGCAGGAGCUGCUGAAGGAGAGUCUGCAGGGCGGGGAGCUCCUGGGCACCUUCCACCCCGUGUCGCCUUCGUUCCCGCAGAAGGCCGCGGCCCCGUCCCCCUUCCCUCUGGGGCCCGCUGCCCAGAACGGGUUUGCGGGCGGUGUGCCCGUGCCGGCCGAGGCGCACGGCCUGCCCCUCAGCCCCCCGGAGCAGGCUGCCCAGCCCGGGCCGCCGGAGCCCCUGGCCGCCUUGCACCCCACGGUGGGCCCCGGCUCUCCUCCCCCGACCCUGCCGAAUCACAAGUACAACGCCACUUCUACCUCAUACCCCGUCCUGGCGGGCCUGCCCCUCAAGGCGGACACGAAAGCGUUCUGCAGCGUCGGUCUGUUCGAGGACCUGCUGCUGCCAGAGCCUCAGUCACCUCACAAGCUGAGCGCCGGCUUCGAGCUGGCCAAGGCGGGGCCCGGGAAGGUCGGCCUGCCCAAGGAGCUGCCCGCGGAUGCCGUGAACCUGACCAUCCCGGCCUCCCUGGACCUCUCGUCCCUGCUGAGCCUCUGGCAGCUGCCCCCGCCCACCGCCCAGAACGCCUUUGGCAGCGGUGCGCUCGCCCUGGGGCCCGCCGAGCCCCUGCCCCAUCCCCAUCGGCUGGGCUGCCUGGGGCCGCAGCAGCAGGAGGCCCCGCUGGCCGUGGGCGCCGUGAGCCUGGGCCAGCUGCCCCUGCCGCCCAUCCCGCACGUGUUCACGGCCGGCGCCAGCACGGCCAUCCUGCCGCACUUCCACCACGCCUUCAGAUGACUGCCUGGCUCCUUCCUUACUCUGGGCGAUGUUUUCCGAAGCCCUGGCACCAAACAUCGCCUAUACCGCGGAGGAAGCUUGGGGAACAGGACUAGGAAAAUGGCUUAUUUGGUGAUGUCUGACUUGAAGAGAGAAUUCUCUAUCUGCAUGUAUUGUGCCAAUCUGUCCUGAGUGUUCAAGCUUUGUACCAAAUUUAACCAGUGCGUGUUCUUCAGUUGAACUGCAAAUAUUGUCAUAACCAACAUCCAAACCACGGCUGCUAUGUAUAAGUGUUUGUCAUAUUGAAUUAAAUCGUAAGCCAUGAUCGUGAUAAUGUUCACUAAAUAACUUUAUGUGCCACCGCCUAGUAAGGGAACCAUGGAAGCAUCAGAGUUUCUCCGCAUUGGGAGAAGUUUAAAACAUAAGAAUACAACCUUUAUAUGGCAUAUUAUAACUAGGCUGUGUAUUUCUUUUCAGGGACUUUUCUACCUUCAGGGUUGGAUGUAGUUUAGUUGCUAUUACCAUAGCCAACCUGUAGUUUUACACUCUUUGUGAGAAACAACUCUUUGUGGGACAAUAGAUUUCUCCAUUUAAUUAAAAAAAGAGCAUUUUACAUGUAGUUUGAAUAUUUUCCACAUGAUGCUGCAAUGUGAGUUAUCACUUCAUUUAUCUUAAAGACAAAACUGAUGUCAGUUACAUCUGACAAAAAAAAAUCACUGUGUAACCAGGUAAAGUGGUAAAAUAAUCCAGGCGUCAGUCAAAGGCAUUUUGCUGACUAUAAUACUGAUUAUAUUUUUAACAGGAAUUUAAGAGAAUAUUACUGGAAUUUUAUAUAUAUAUGUAUAUGUAUAUGUAUAUAUAUAUAUAUAUAUAUAUGAGAACAAGAAUUUUCUUUGCCUAGCUUAACUACUCAAGCUGCUUAAAUUCCUAAGUAUUGUUUUUAAUCGCUAAUAGCUACAUUUGUAAUUCAUCAGUUAAGUCAUUACUAGCUUUUUAAAAGAGAAUUACAUUUUGCAAUGUAACUGUAUCUCUUGAAAUUGGUAUCUUGUUAAUGAGUUUUAAAAAAUGUAAAACCUUUUUACAGUCUUUGUCUUUUGUUUUUAGAGGAUUUCUUUUCCAUAAGCAUAAAUUUACAUAUAAUAAACUUUACAUAUCUUGCAA